CUUAAAUAUAUGGGCAACGAGUUGGGCGACUUCGCCGGCAAAAGUCUGGUGACCACAGAUAUGCAGGAGAUCUUUGAAAUUGUUAUCAACAGAAUUCAUAUGCUUUCCAAAUAUCGAAUGGAAAAGAAGAAGAAGUUGUCCAACAAAUGGAAGACAACGAUCGGCAAGAAGUGGUCCACAAAUACGGGUAAACUCGUCGUCAUUAAGCCGUUUCAGUUUGAAUUGUGCGAAGACGUCGACGAGACUUUGGAGAGGGCACGAGACGCCUAUUUUCUACCUGGGUCAAAUGAUGGCAAUGAUAAUAUCACUAUAAAGGCUAUCGACAACCACACCAACUCAAUUGACAUAGCUCACACUAUAAUUGCUGAGAAAAUCGUGGAAGAAUUUAAAUAAUUAAGCUAUUGCUUUUAACAAUCAAUUUUACUGCUGUA